AUGUAUCAUAUGGCCUACGUACAGUAUCUUAUAACCAUGUUCGUGUCUUUGAAUCGUUUAACAGUUCUCCACAAAUCGCAUAUUUUUGAACCCUUAGGGAAAAAAUACAUAUGGAUUUUGAUUAUUGCAAUCUACUUUUCUCCGUUUCUCAAUACGAAUGUGGUGUUUCAUUACCAAGCAGAAACAACAUGUUUAGAAAAUGUAGAUCAGUACUCCCUGGUUUCUUCACAAAUGCCUGUCUUGGACAUAUUUUCGGUCUUAAUCCCAUUCAUGGUUAUCACAAUGGCUAUUACCAUUAUGUUCAACAUCGCUAAUCAGAAUCUUUUACAAAUUGAACCAUACAGCCCCAAAAGUUUGUUAUCCGAUUCGGUUCGUUCUACUAAUCAAGCAAGUUUGUGCUUGACUAGACAAUAUCUGCUAAGAUAUUCUGAAAGUGUCACGUGCCUCAAGGCACAAAAGGCUCUUUCUCCAGCAACAAAAUUUUUAGCCGGCUAUAUAUCUUUGAAGUUUGUAUUAACUAUGUUUUAUCAUAUGGCUUAUGUGCAAUACUCAAUCAGUGCGUUGAUUUCGUUUAAUCGAUUGUCAGUCCUUCUGAGUUUCAACAUAUUUGAACCGAUUUGGAACAAGUUCUUAUGGGUCAUGAUUCUUUUAAUCUAUUGUGUUCCUUUUUUAAAUACUCAUAUCGUUUAUGACUACGAUGUAUAUAUUGUUUAUGUUGAAAAAGACGACUCAUUUUCAGUGUUGGCGCCUGGUUUGCCAGUCGAUAAAAUAUAUGCAGUUCUGAUUCCGUAUAUGUUUUUCACGACGUUAUUGUGUGUCAUUUGCAAUGCGGCGAGUGUGAUAUUUCUAAGAAGUUUAAGUAUUCAAAGGAAGAAGGCUGAAUCCAAUUUCCUUGUUAUAAUGUCUAUCAUCAUCCGUUUGCUAUGGAUUUCCGUCUGUUAUUCUUUAUUUUCUAACAUUUUAUGUUAUCAAAACUAA